ACCAAAUGCAGGCUGUCGCUCUCCCAGAGGAGAUCCGUUGGCUCCUGGAAGAUGCUGAAGACUUCCUGGCGGAGGGCUUGCGGAAUGAGAACCUCAGUGCUGGUGCUCAGGACCAGAGAGACCACAUUCUCCGGGGCUUCCAGCAAAUCAAAUCCAGGUACUGUUGGGAUUUUCAGCCCCAAGGAGGAGACCUUGGCCAGGACAGCUCUGAUGACAAUCAGAGUGGGACUCACGGCCCACCCCUCACAUCAGAUGCAUCCUUUUGGUCAGAUUAUCAGGAUGAGGGGAUGGAAAACAUCUUAAGAGGGGCUCAGGAGCUGGAUAACAUCAUCAAGCAAGGAUACUUGGAGAAGAAAAGCAAAGAUCACAGCUUCUUUGGGUCCGAAUGGCAGAAGCGAUGGUGUGUGGUCAGCAGAGGCCUCUUCCUCUACUAUGCUACUGAGAAAAGCAAGCAGCCCAAAGGGACCUUCCUCAUUAAGGGCUACAGUGUCCGGAUGGCCCCCCACCUGCGAAAAGACUCCAAGAAAGAAUCCUGCUUUGAACUGACCUCCCAGGAUAGACGCAGCUAUGAGUUUACAGCUCUGAGUCCAGCUGACGCCAGAGACUGGGUGGAUCAAAUAAGUUUCUUGUUAAAAGAUCUGAGCUCCUCAACCAUCCCCUGUGAAGAGGAAGAGGAAGAGGAGAAAGAAGAGGAAGAAAUGUAUGAUGACAUUGAUGGUUUGGACUCCGUCAAGUCUGGUUCCCAGUGCAGAGCCGUGACCUUGCCUGAGCCCACAGAGGAAGAAGAGGACAUUUAUGAAGUCCUACCAGAUGAAGACCUUGAUUUAGAAGAGGACGCACUCGGCACUCAUCGACGGCGAGUGGACUAUGCCAGUUAUUACCAGGGCCUGUGGGAUUGCCAUGGUGACCAGCCAGAUGAACUGUCCUUCCAACGAGGUGACCUCAUCCGCAUUCUGAGCAAGGAGUACAGCAUGUACGGCUGGUGGGUAGGAGAGCUGAACAGCCUCACUGGGAUUGUUCCGAAGGACUAUCUCACCUCCGCCUUUGAAACAGAAGAACCAUGAAGCCUAGGGAACAUAGUCUUCUAUCCUGCC